AACUCAGCAGAUACCCAAAAGAUCGUUAAUGUGUUUUGAGCCCAGGAUGACUCCACCUUUUAACCAACAGUAAAUUAAAAUUACUUCUUCUCAGUUUCGUGGGUUCCCAUAGAAGGCUACUUGAUCUUACAACGGCUCAAGCUUUGAGAUACACGAUGAAGCAGGAUGCCACAAGAAAUGCUGCCUACACUGUGGAUUGUGAAGACUAUGUACAUGUGGUAGAAUUUAACCCCUUCGAGAGUGGAGACUCAGGAAACCUAAUUGCAUAUGGUGGCAGUAAUUAUGUGGUUAUUGGCAUGUGUACAUUUCAGGAGGAAGAAACAGACACUGAAGGAAUUCAGUAUAAAACACUACGAACAUUUCACCAUGGAGUCCGAGUUGAUGGCAUUGCCUGGAGCCCAGAGACCAAACUCGAUUCACUGCCUCCAGUAAUCAAAUUCUGUACUUCAGCUGCUGAUAUGAAGAUUAGAUUAUUUACUUCAGAUCUUCAAGAUAAAAAUGAAUACAAGGUUUUGGAGGGCCAUUCAGAUUUCAUUAAUGAUUUGGUGUUCCAUCCUAAAGAAGGCCAUGAAAUUGCAAGUGUAAGUGAUGAUCACACCUGCAGGAUUUGGAGCUUGGAAGGAAAGCAGACAGCUCAUUUUCUUCUUCAUUCUCCUGGAAUGAGUGUGUGCUGGCAUCCUGAAGAAACUUUUAAGCUAAUGGUUGCAGAGAAGAAUGGAACAAUCCGGUUUUAUGAUCUAAUGGCCCAACAGGCAAUUUUAUCUCUUCAGUCAGAACAGACACCAUUAAUGUCAGCACACUGGUGCUUGAAAAACACCUUCAAAGUUGGUGCUGUUGCAGGAAAUGAUUGGAUUAUUUGGGAUAUCACGCGGUCCAGUUACCCUCAAGAGACAAGACCUGUUCACAUGGAUGGCGCACACUUGUUUAGGUGGUCUGCCAUCAGUGAAAACUUGUUUGCAACCACUGGAUAUCCUGGCAAAAUGGCAACUCAGUUUCAGAUUCAUCAUUUAGGACACUCUCAGCCCAUCCUCAUUGGUUGUAUAGCUGUCGGAUCGGGUCUCUCCUGGCACAGAACGCUCCCACUGUGUGCAGUUGGAGGAGAUCACAAGCUCUUGUUCUGGGUGACAGAAAUAUGAUUUUCCUCUGUAUUUUUGAUCUUACAUUUGUAUUUGUAUUUUAUAUAUUUUGGAGAAAUCCUUAUUUUUAUAUCAAAUAUACUGUAAAUCUAGAAAUGCCUCAGUUGUCUUUUCUGACAAAUAAAAUGAUAGACUCCUUGAAAAACA